CUUUUCAUCAGCUCUUCAGUAGCCACUUACCUCAGUGUCCAAAAGAGAAAAUUCUGACAUAUUAAUUUUAAUGUGCGCAUUUGAUCCAGUGCUUGAGAUAAAUAUAACCCUGUGGAGUACGGAGGUUUAAUGGGAAAUGGUUGGCAUUCUUUCUUGGUAAAGGCAUGGGGAAAGGAGAGAGAGACAGGAGAUGGGGAGAGGGGGAGAGGGAGGGAGGAGAGAGAGAGAGAGAGAGAGAGAGGCGCAAACAGCAGUGAGGAGGACAAAGACGGAGAUAAGCAAGGCUUCACGGCAGCCUUGCCUUGAGAACUUGACACUUGCCAGACCCCAGCCAGCAUGGUUGUCCUGAAUCCAGUGACUUUGGGAAUUUAUCUUCAGCUUUCCUUCCGCUUUAUCGUGUCUCAGCCUACUUUCAUCAACAGCGUCCUCCCCAUUUCAGCAGCCCUUCCUGGCCUGGAUCAAAAGAAGCGUGGUGGCCACAGAGGAUGCUGCCUCCUGACGCCCCCUCCACCCCCACUGUUCCCACCACCAUUCUUCAGAGGGGGCCGAGGUCUGCUUCUCUCCCCAGACAUGAAGAAUCUCAUCCUGGAACUAGAGACCAUGCAGUCCUCAUGUGCUCAAGGAUCGCUCGGCUCCCCUGGGCCCCCUGGCCCCCAGGGCCCACCGGGACUUCCUGGCAAGAUAGGACCAAAGGGAGAAAAGGGGGAGCUUGGCCUACCAGGAAGGAAGGGUAGACCUGGCCCCCCAGGUGUUCCUGGCAUGCCCGGGCCAGUCGGCCCUGAAGGACUCAGGGGUGAAAAAGGUGACCUGGGUAUGAUGGGCUUGCCAGGGUCAAGAGGACCAAUGGGCUCCAAGGGUUACCCUGGAUCCAGAGGGGAAAAGGGAUCCAGAGGUGAAAAGGGUGACCUGGGUCCCAAAGGAGAAAAGGGUUUCCCGGGAUUUCCUGGAAUGCUGGGGCAGAAAGGUGAAAUGGGUCCACAGGGUGAGCCUGGGAUAACGGGACCCAGAGGGCCCAGAGGAAGACCAGGCAAACGCGGCAAGCCGGGGCAGAAGGGAGAUAGUGGAGUAAUGGGCCCACCAGGCAAGCCUGGGCCUUCUGGUCAACCUGGCCGUCCAGGUCCCCCAGGCCCCCCGGGCCCCCCAACCACAGGACAACUUGUGAUGGGACCCAAAGGGGACAGAGGAUUUCCCGGGCCUCCAGGAAGCUGUCUUUGUGGAACCCCUAUGAAUGUGAAUAACCCUUCCUACAGGGAAUCCACGUUUGGGUCCAGUUCCCCGCACGUUCCUGUGAUUUUUGUCGUCAACAACCAGGAGGAGCUUGAGAGGCUGAACACCCAAAACGCCAUUGCAUUCCGCAAAGACCAGAGAUCUCUAUACUUCAAGGACAGCCUUGGCUGGCUCCCCAUCCAGGUGACCCCCUUCUACCCUGUGGACUACACUGUAGACCACCGCGGCUCCUGUGGGGAUGGGGUCUUGCAGCCCGGGGAGGAGUGUGACGACGGGAACAGUAACGUGGACGACGACUGCAUCAGCUGUCACCGGGCCUACUGUGGAGACGGUCACCAGCACAAGGGCGUGGAGGACUGUGACGGCUCUGACUUUGGCUACCUGACGUGCGAGACCUAUCUCCCAGGGUCGUAUGGAGACCUGCAGUGCACCCCGUACUGCUACAUCGACUCCACAUCCUGCCGCUACUUCACAUGAGGGCCGCGAGGAGGAGGGCUGCGUCUUACGUAACCGGCAGCAGCUCCUCCACCCUCAGC